AUGGCAGUAGGCAAGAACAAGCGUUUAUCCAAGGGAAAGAAGGGUCUCAAGAAGAGAACCGUCGACCCCUUCAAGAACAAGGACUGGUACAACCUUAAGGCCCCGUCGAUGUUCCAGGUCAGAGAUGCCGGCAAGACUCUCGUCAACCGCACCACUGGUUUGAAGAACGCCAACGACGCCCUCAAGGGCCGUGUCUUCGAGGUCUCCCUCGCCGACCUCCAAAAGGAUGAGGGUCACUCCUUCCGCAAGAUCAAGCUACGCACCGACGAAGUCCAGGGCCGAAACUGCUUGACCAACUUCCACGGUCUUGACUUCACCUCCGACAAGCUCCGAUCUUUGGUUCGCAAGUGGCAGACUCUCAUUGAAGCCAACGUUACCGUCAAGACUACCGACGACUACCUCCUCAGAUUGUUCGCCAUUGGCUUCACCAGCAGACGGCCAAACCAGAUCAAGAAGACCACCUAUGCCCAAUCUUCCCAGAUCCGUGCCAUCAGAAAAAAGAUGGUUGAGAUCAUCCAGAGGGAGGCCUCCAGCUGCACUCUCGCUCAGCUCACCACCAAGCUGAUCCCAGAGGUCAUUGAGCGUGAAAUCGAGAAGGCCGCUCAGUCGAUCUACCCACUCAAGGAUGUCCACGUCCGCAAGGUCAAGCUGCUGAAGCAGCCGAAGUUCGACCUUGGUGCCCUCCUCGGUCUCCACGGUGACUCGACAACUGACGACAGCGGCCAGAAGGUCGAGAGGGAAUUCAAGGAGAAGGUCUUGGAAUCGGUUUAA